UGGUUUAUAGAUCUUUUGAAAUUGAAAAGGUUAAUGAAUCAUUCUGGUCAAAAGUUUUUUCUCCCAAUGAGAUAAUGAUAUAUUUUGGCAGAGAAGCUAAAAAGAAAAUGAAUAAAAUACACUUACAAUAACCAAAGCAUUUAGAAUAGCUAACAAUUGGAAAAAACCCAAGUGCCUAUCACUAUAAUGGAUAAAGAAAUAGGUGGUCUAGUCCUAUAGUGAAACAUUACUCAGCAAUGAAAAGGAACAAGCUGCUGAUACAUCAUCGUCAUUAGUGAAUCUCAAAAUAUCUAAACUUAAUGAAAGUGGCUUAACACGUAAGAUUAAAUAGAGAGUAGAAAUGAGAUUUUAAAACAGGGAAAAGUAAUCCAUGUUGGAGGAAGAAACACCCUGAAGAGUGGUUGCCUCCAAGGAAAAAAGACAGGGCUUGUCUGAGGAGGUGCUUGAGGAAAUUUCCUGAGGUGAUAGUAUGAUAUGAAAGUAUGAUAUAGGCAGGUGUGUGUACUUCUCAAAACUCUAGGAUAGUAAAACAUACAUUGGUAUACUUUUGUUUGUUUGUUUUUGUACAGGGGAUGGAUUGUACUUAAGGGUGCUUGACCACUGAGCCACAUCCCGAGUCCUAUUUUGUAUUUUAUUUAUUCACUGAGUUGCUUAGCACCUUGCUAUUGCUGAAGCUGGCUUUGAACUCGUGAUCUUCCUGCCUCAGCCUCCUGAGCUGCUGGGAUUACAAGUGUGCACCACCACACCAGGCAGAUAAACUUUUUUUUUUAAUGUAAAUUUUACCUCAAGAGGAAAAAUUCACCUGAACAGAGACUAAGCUCAAAUUGAUGAUGUACAUGCUGUAGAGAUGUCUGUAACUAAUUUUCAAAAGCAUUCAGAAACUCAAUGAAUUGGAUGAUGUAUGGAUAAAGGACUGGAGUUUGCUGGAAACCAUGUCUCACUAUACAGAUGAACCCAGAUUCACCAUAGAACAGAUAGAUCUGCUUCAGCGCCUUCGGCGUACUGGAAUGACUAAACAUGAAAUUCUCCAUGCCUUGGAGACUUUGGACCGUCUUGAUCAAGAGCAUAGUGACAAGUUUGGAAGAAGGUCCAGUUAUGGAGGAAGUUCAUAUGGGAACAGUACCAACAAUGUUCCAGCAUCUUCCUCUACAGCUACAGCCUCUACACAGACCCAGCAUUCGGGAAUGUCCCCAUCACCUAGCAACAGUUAUGAUACCUCCCCACAGCCUUGCACUACCAAUCAAAAUGGGAGGGAGAAUAAUGAGCGAUUGUCUACAUCCAAUGGGAAGAUGUCACCAACUCGCUAUCAUGCAAACAGCAUGGGUCAGAGGUCAUAUAGUUUUGAAGCCUCAGAAGAGGACCUAGAUGUAGAUGAUAAAGUGGAAGAAUUAAUGAGGAGGGACAGCAGUGUGAUAAAAGAGGAAAUCAAAGCCUUUCUUGCCAAUCGGAGGAUUUCCCAAGCAGUUGUUGCACAGGUAACAGGUAUCAGUCAGAGCCGGAUCUCUCAUUGGCUGCUGCAGCAGGGAUCAGACCUGAGUGAACAAAAGAAAAGAGCAUUUUACCGAUGGUAUCAACUUGAGAAGACAAACCCUGGGGCUACAUUGAGUAUGAGACCAGCCCCCAUUCCAAUAGAGGACCCGGAAUGGAGACAAACUCCUCCCCCAGUCUCUGCCACAUCUGGGACCUUCCGACUCCGACGAGGGAGUCGAUUUACCUGGAGGAAGGAGUGCCUAGCUGUCAUGGAAAGUUACUUCAACGAGAAUCAAUACCCAGAUGAAGCAAAGAGAGAAGAAAUUGCAAAUGCUUGCAAUGCAGUUAUCCAGAAGCCAGGCAAAAAAUUGUCCGAUCUGGAACGAGUUACCUCCCUGAAAGUAUAUAAUUGGUUUGCUAACAGACGGAAGGAAAUCAAGAGGAGAGCCAAUAUCGAAGCAGCAAUCCUGGAGAGCCAUGGGAUAGAUGUACAGAGUCCAGGAGGCCAUUCCAACAGUGAUGAUGUUGACGGGAAUGACUACUCCGAGCAGGAUACUUGGCAAGUACGCAAUGGGGAGGAGGAGGAGGGAAGAAGUUCAGAGGGAGGCAGAGAAGCAGAGAAGGAUGACAGCACGAGCCAUAGUGAUCACCAAGACCCCAUCUCAUUAGCUGUGGAAAUGGCAGCAGUGAACCAUACUAUCUUGGCAUUGGCCCGACAAGGAGCCAACGAAAUCAAGACAGAGGCCCUGGAUGAUGACUAAUCAGGGAGGGUUAAACAUGACAAGUUAACUUAGUUUAGACGUAGCACCUUAGCAGACUUUCCUCAGUCCUUAACAUGUGUUCUUACAGUAUAACUUGCAGUUUCUUGUAUGUCAGGUAGCCGUUAGGGUCUUGUUCUGUGAAGAUGGCAUGGUGCCCUCAGCCUUUGCAUAUACUCUCUCAGUAUUAAUUCCCAGUAAAUAAUAACCAACCAACCAACCAAACUCCCUCUCCCAGCCCCUGAGGCUAGAAAAUCUUGCUGCUCCGUCUUAGCAUUCCACAAAAGUGCUUCCAGGUAUUUAGAUAGCCCUCAGUUUUCAAAUAUUAGGCUGUGUGUAAAAUCUUGGGUACCUUUAGAUUCAUGUAACACUAGUCUGUACCCCCUUUUCCUUCCCCAAGAUUGAUAGAAUGCAAGCUGAGGUAGUGGCACAGGAUUGACAGACACCAUUUGGGGAGUAUGCACAGAGUGAAAGGAACACUAGAACCCCACCUCAGUGUGAGAAUCACUGAUAUCAGCUGCAAUAAGCCGUGCCUCAUUAUAGUCACACUGUGGCUAGCCUAUACUUCUUUGGGUGCUGUGCUAAGAAUGUCAAUGGAAAACUCGAUCUCAGAUUUUGGUUGAUGUUAACAUGCCUGACACAGACAUCCUUUCCUCUCACAAGCUGUGUGACUUAGUAGAUAAAAUACUGCCUUCUGCCUUUGGGACCAUGAUUUAAAACAAAACAAAAAGACAAAAAAAUUACAAAAAAACAAAACCCAGCUUGAAAGCAGUAUGAGCCGAAUGUCCGAUGGAUGUUAAGUCCAGCUCUCUGAACCACUGUACAUUCCGCAGCACAGUUCUUGGUGCCUGCCUGGAAAAGUCUUGGAGGUUAUCGUGGAAGUUGCUUUCCUCCUAUUGGUGUCCCCUUUCCCUGCUACCAAAAAAAGUCUUUCACAGAUAGAGCUAAGGUCAAAGAUGAGUGAAAGAACGUAAUCUUUGUAUCCAUUAACUGAAGCCCCUCAAUCUGAGUCAGUAGAGGACUUUGUAGGGGAUUGUGCUGACUAUCACAGAUGCAAAAACUUGCCCAAAUAGAGCAAAAAAAGCAGGGGACAUUUACCAUUUACAUUGUGAGUGUGCAAGAUACAAUGGGAUGUAACUGCUUUGUUGUUCUCUUUACUCUGUCCUUGUAGAGGUAUGAAAAGCUAUAUUGCUACAGGCAAUUUAUUUAAUAAUUGGAAGCCAUAUUGAUAAUGGAUGUGGUAAUAUUUGUAAAGUUUAAUCUACUUUAAGCAGCAGUAACUAAUGGAAUUUUUUUCCUUGAUCACAUAUGUAGCACUUUUGUUACUUUUUAAAGAUAUUUAUAUUUGAUAAAUCUUUUUUCAUUUUGAGAACUCAAAAUACCAAACAGUGAACUUGCGUUUAAAGUCACCCUGUGAUCACCUUGUCAUCCAGUAGCAAAAUGAUGAACUAUUCAUGCAUCAAAGAAAAUUACAUCUGCUGGCCUUGUAUGAAAGUGAUCUCCUGGCAUCGCGAUUAAAUGACACACUGUCACUAUGGGUGAGAAGAAAGAGCCUUCAGUGGCAGGGUAGGGGUGUGUCUGAAAGAGGCACAAUGGCUGUGUGUUUUCUGCCUCAUUCCGUCUCCUUCAUAUGUCUAACAAAGCCUUGUUUAAAGGGGAGUGUGGGCUGGCGUUGAGCAAGGCUUGUAUCUCUACCAUUACCUAGAAACAGUUUCUAAGAUGGAAGGAAGGUGCCAUUUCCCCUUCUCCCUCCUCCCUCACCAAAUGUAUUCGAAGUGAGAGAGAAGAAAGAUUCCUGACUUUGUCCUUGUUUUCCCCCUCUCAUUUGUGGGAUUUUGAAUAUCUGCCAGUUGUUAGCUGGUCUCAGUCCACUUAAGACAUACACUGACAGGUCCUCCCCUUAGCCGUAAAUCCUGCUUAUAUAUAAGUAUGAAGAAGUCUGCGAGGGCAUUAGAAUGCCAUCUACCUAGUCUGUGACUUUAAAGAUCUGCAGUAGGGCCUGGUCCUGCCCGUAGGGAAAAUGUAUGCACUUUUUCUCCCAGCUUCCAAGAAUUUAAGUAAAACUGAGCAGUCUUCUCUGUCUUACUGUGUUACUUGAACCAACAAAUUCAAGAGUAGCAUUAAUUAUUCUCAGGAAUGAGCCCACCACCACCACACACCUAGUCAUAUUCUUUCUUGGUUUAUUUGACUUAUUUCAGUUGGGAGAUUUUGUUGGCUUUAUUUCCUUUUUAGAAGAAAUAUGUUGUAUCUUUCCUUUUUGGUGGAUUUUUUUUUUUUUUUUGGCUUAUUCUCAGUUGAGUCAGAAAGAACAAGGGGAGAAAGAAAUGUAUUCUCUGACAAGCUACUUCCAUGAUUUAUUGUGGGGAGAUUAUUGUAAUUGAUGGCUUCUUUACGAUGGGAUUCCUGUGUCAUCUGUUCUUGCUUUUUAAAGGAACAGACCCAAACUGCUAAGACAGCUGCAGUCUAAAGAAAUUCCGUGAUUGCCAUAGAAAGAGCUAGAAUGCUUCAUUGUUUCAAGGCCUUAAAGGAAGCAAAGAAAUGUCGGAGAAUAUGGUGGAGCUGGCAGUGUGUAGGCAAUGCGGACCCUGUCUUGGAGUGUGGUGACAGUGAGGUGGCAGGCACCCUGGGGGUGGGGCUGUGGAGGAAGGCUGGGGAGGGCUGCCUGCUGCAUAGCCCAUGCCUUAUCUAGGACUUUUGCUUUUCACCAAGAAGAAAAAGUUCCUUCUUUGGGGUUAAGAUUGAAAUAUACCAUCGGAUUUCUGUUUGUCUCCAGGUUCACUUUGGCUAUAUCUUGUCCAGACCACCUUUAGUUCUUAUAAUGGCAAAUAGAGCUGCCACUGUUUGAUUUUUAGUAUCUUUGGAUGGGAAAUAUUUUCUUAAGUUUUUUUCAGGUUUUAGAUGUGGUAUUAAAAUAGAAACCCUACAGUGCUCUAAAGGGAAAGGAGCCAGGCUCUUCAAACUCACACUUUUCGGUGUCUCUGCCCCUGCUUUCAUCUCCGUCUGUAUUUCUCCAGGCCCCAGAGGGCUCUUUCAGGGACUAUUCUUCCUGGUUGAGGAAGACUCUUAACAGUGAGGUGUGAGGUGACCUGCCAGCCAAGUAUUCAUGUGGUUUGUCCUUAGUUAUUUUUUAGAUACUUUAAUCGGAUGACUGUAGUCAGAUGGGUAGACUUCCCUUCCUUCCUGAAACACUGUACAUGGGGACUUUUCAAGAUGGACCAUCUGCCUGUGGAUAACCUUACUAGCAGAUGGAAGCAGGCAAGGGGACACAGGAAACAACACUCUUACCUAGGCUUUCUAGCACCAUUCAACACUAAGUAGACAGUUUCUUUCAGCAUAACAUAUAAUGUAGAAGUACCCCAUAAAACAAAUUUCUUCCCAAUUUUUGUCCUUUAAGUGCCCCAUCACAGGAAAAGGACACCUGGGACAGACAAGCAAGGAGCCUAGUUUAAAGUACCUUUCACCCCAACUCAGUAGAAGUAACCCCACAAAAAGACUUGAAGACUUGAAAGAGGAUGAUCAUUAAUACUGAGUUACACAAAUCCAGUCCUCCAGUUCCUGAAAGAUUUAUGAUUCAACAAUACCCAUUUUAGGUCCAGAUGUCUGGAUAUAUUUUUACCUCUAAGGGGAUAACACAUGAAGAAGUCACUGAAGUUGUUUGAAUUCUACCUGUUUGGCCUUUGUCUUUAGGGAAUCUUGAUUUUAAAAACUUGCCUCUUGGAUACCAAUCAUCAGGCACCAAGUAUAAUAGACUCUCAGUCAAUAAUCUGCCACUUCCUGUCUCUGAAUAGCUCCUCUUCCAUUUUUCUAAGUGUUCUACCAUGGUGCCCUCAUCUUGAGUUGACUUUACUAGAACUGUUAAUCCUCUGGCCACAGGCAAAGUGGGUGGUUCACCCAUCUCUGAACACAGACCCCUCCUGUGAUGGCCAGCUUCAUGAUGUCUGCCCACAACAGUGGAAUUGAGUUCUGUUCCCCAAACAACUGCCCAUCCUGUCCUAGAAAUGUGAACUUGAAGCCCUUUUUCCCUUUGAUCCUAAGGAGGAUUUGAAGUAGUCUUCCCUUUUAGCUUAUGGCUCUGCCUCUUAAAAUUGCCUUUUAUCUUUUGUUCAGAGAACAACCAGAGUAUUUUUUUCCCAGUGAGUCUCAACAGAUUCUUAGGCAAUAAUUUUCCUUGUGGUUGAUGAUCUUGUGUUCAGUAGUUCUCCACAUUUAAUAGUUAUGACCUCUCCUACGUUUUGUGUUGGUUUCAUGUUAAUCUUUGUGAUCAAAAUCCUAAGCCAGAGUGGUGGUAGAUUUCUUUCCUUUUGUUGUGAUUUUUAGUGAUGUUUGACUACUGUAUUCAUUGGGGCUGCAUCAAGACCAGCCAUAUCCAUUUAUAGCUUUACUGAGCCAGAUUUAUUUGUCAAGUUUUCCCAAGUAAAAGUUGGGCGCAUUGACCAGCUCUGCUGGUGGUGUCUUCAGGGGAGUGGGAGUGGGGCGGGAGGUCUAGGGCAGGAGUGGGUGUUUCGUGUGUACAGCAUUCCUUUUUCUGUGUGCUCUUUAAAUAGCAAGGAUGUUUACUCAGGAUCACUCGUCAGCCAUAUUGGUUUUGGCAAACUUAGCUCGUGCCCUGAAAACUGUUUCUUCACUUACUGUUUCUUCAUUUCCAUAGUGUCUGGCUUAACGUAGCCUGAAAGUAGUGUGUACCCUGAUGGGAGUGGAAGAUUUCCUGGGAAGGAACUGUGAAUGGCCAGCUUAUUUCUGAGGAUUUCAUGAUAGCGUGCUGUCAGAGCAGAGGCCCUUUCUUUUUCUGUUCUGUGGUUUUCUUCAUUAUCCACUUUUGGUUUCAAAGAUGCCUAUCACUUAAGAAGAGAGAUCUCCUUCUCGCUCUCAAGAGAACUAACAUACAGCAGCAGCAGCGAAGCCUGUUGAGAUGCAGCACACCAACAUACCAGUUUCCUAUUGACUCAAACUCCUCUGCACACACAGGGUAUAUUCAGAAAGGCCAUUGUCAGUGUCCUUUCUCUACAAACUGAAAGUGAGAAGCCCUGUCCUUGCCUCCUACAGGACUGAUGUUUGACUCGCCUCUCAGGAGUGCGACUUCGUUCCUAUCUAGGUACCUUCAAAAGCUGGAAGUUUGUAAAUUGAGAAUUUUCUAAAUCCAUUCUAUUAUUCUUUAAUUUGGGCAGAACUAACUCUAGCUGAUCUCAUUGGGGUGAAACCUGACUGGCCUUUCUGCAAUCUGGCAGUUUAUCGCGCGCAUCCCACACCCAUCAGCCCCAACAACAGCAGGACACGUCAGCAGAGGAAGCUUUGCGGCUGUCCUCUGCUGACGCCUCCUUUCUGUGGCCAGUCUCAGCAGCAGUCCUCAUGCCCAGAGUCUGAACCUCAGUGCAGUGGCCUUGGCAGCGGGCAGCAGGAGCACAUGCAGCUUGGUAUGUGCUUGGGAAGUCCUGGGAGGGCAGCUUCCCUGACUCCAUUUUCAUUUUCUCUCUUUUAAAUAAGACUGGCUGUGUACAGCCAUAAUUAACUCACAAAUUCACAUUGGUGUGCUGUGAUCAAAUGAAGGUUUGGCUGAAUCUCUUCAAAUUGUAACCAUGGUAAUUGAGGGGGGUGGCAUAGAAUGAAUAUAUAAAAAUAUAAUGGCAAUUGUUCUGAAUGACUGAGUGUCCUCCUGACAUGUAAUUAGCUGUUUUAGCAGGAUGUAGAUUGGCAUGGUCAUAAUUAAGAGGAUUUCUGUCCUUUAUGUGAUUGAAAAUAGCAGAGCUUCCAUCCCUGUUCCUUUUUAGCACUAAUGCUCCCAAGAACAUUUGGAACAGCAACUCAGUAAACUAAAAUAAUGACACAGUAUUCAUGUGGUCCCAAAGUAGAAGAGAAAGAUUUAGAGUUAUUUCAGUUCCAAAAUGGAAGCCACCCAUUGUUGCCCACCAUCUGACUUCUAGUUCUUGAAACUGCUCUCACAUCCACUUUCAGCCCGCUUCACCUGGGGCAGGAAGCGCAGUCGGAAUCCCAGCUGCCAGCCUGGGAAGGCCUGGGGCUGCCUGCACCCACUUGCUGGCCUUCACUCCUGGUACCUUGCUGGCCUGACAUGGCGACAGUCACAGCCUCCGGGUAUUUCUGAUGCCAUCACCGGUCACUAUUCACCAAGCAGAACUUCAUGGGGACGAAUGACAUUUUCCUCCCUGGAUCAUAGGAUCCAGAGCAGAUGAUACGAAUGGAACCUGGCGCCUGUAGUAUUCUGAAGUCACCAGGGCAGGAGGAGGCGUGAGUCUGCCCCAGCUCCUCACUUGCCACCAGGAGGGUGCCACCUUAGGUGACUCCGCUGUGUCAGUGGCUUGUCUCCUCUCCCUUCCGCUGUCCUCUAUCCCCGCUGCGCCUGCCCCAAGGGGCAUCACAUGAUCUUUACACUGUCUGUGGCCCUUGCUCUUCUCCUGCUGAAGUUAUCAGUCAUGUUGGGUAGGAUCCAAGACGCGCUGGCCUUUCUCUGGCUGGCUUGGUGUUUUUUGUCGCUUGCGGGAGCCUUUACCUCACUAUUCCAUCAAGAGCCUGUAGGAACGCGGCGGCCAGCAGCACCACGGGCCUUCUCAACCCAUCCCCUGUGUGCUCAGGAGUCAUGCUCUGGGAGCCUGGGGCCACUUGCCUGUCCUCCCCAAGGCUGGACACUCCAGGACUGGUUAGUAGUUGCUGGAGAAAACUCAGCAUGGCUUUUUCCCUUCUUCUUUCAGUGUUUGUCCUUAAACAAGCCUUUCUCACACCUCAGAAGCAGCCCUUGCCUAGCUGACCUAUUAGUUACACUUCCGUUUCCUGAGGAUGCCGAGAGGUGGCUGCCUGUUUAGAACUAUCCUCUUCCCCUGUCCCCAGACACACAGUUUAGAAGGUUUUUAUGCCUUUUAUCCUUCCCAAAAUACCUAAGAAAUGUAUAGAAGUUGGGCUAGUACAGGAAAAAGAACCUGUGAAAGAUUUUUAUUCAGCGCUUCUAUAAACGCCACCUUACCCGUCACCACCAACACACGCGCGCGCGCACGUAUGUCUACAGUCGCUGAAGGCUGCUGUCUUUGGGAUCUGUCAGUCUCUGGGACAAUUGAUUAUGGGCUUAUAACCCCAAAGAGCGGAGCAUCCCUUAUCUUGUUUUCAAAGCUACUGAAAGGGGACUCUGCGUUAGCACUUGGAAUCUGCCCUAGGACUAGAGACUCUAAGGACUGACCAGAUGGGCUAAUUCUGUGAUCUGUGAGACAUGCACCAAGACAGCCAGCAGAAGAUGGGACCUCCUUACAUGAGCUGCUGGCCUAGGGAUCUGAGUCCCAGAUGUGCUGCCCUGGGGACAGUGCUACUUACACAGACGUGGCCCUGCUUACAUUCUCAGAUGUUCCCAGAGGCUACUCUGAUCAAACAACCCUACACCAGAUGUUCCUGUACCACCAGCAGCCCACCCUCCCCCAAGAAAACCCCUCACCAAACUGAUGAAGACCUAGGUAAUACGAAGUCAGCUUUUUGGAAGAAAACAGCAAAAGUAAAUAGUCUUUGUAAGAAAUCUAGAGGGAAGAUGCUGUCAUCCGUAACCUUGAUAGUACCGGAGACACUACUGUUCCUUUGAGUUCUCAGCUCAGAAGAGCACCUGACACACGCAUGGUGUUCCCUGGGCACUGGUCCAAGCAUCUGUACUGCCGCCCCUGGUCCUCAGGGAGGCCCACACCCUCACCCUGCAAGCCAGAUGGGCCUCCAGCGCGUGCUGCUUCUAGUGGAUGCAAGGCAGGGGGGACCUGCUCACCCCUGCUGCUGAAGUCAUGUCUGCCAACCUGCUUCCUUUUCUCCUGGGACAGCACUGGCCGUCCAGUGCAGUAGCACACUAUCACAUGGCCCCUUCUCUGUGAGCUGAGUACCCUUUGACGUAGAGCCAGCCAGGAAGAGGACCCAACCCCACAGCCUUCCUCCACAGCCCUCCCUGAGGCCUCCUCCUGGGUCAGGGUCACAGCAGGCCCCACAGCUUGUCGGGAGGGGCAGAACACAUGCCAGCGGGUGCUCCUUGCCCCACCCCACCCCCGCACAGCAGUGGUGGCAGAGUGGCACUUCCAGUGUCUGCUGCUCUCUCUUCAGCUCUCUUAGCAACUUCCCAGGUUCCUGCUGUGUCCAAACAUGGUUUUGCUCACCCUCCGUCCUCUGCACCGUAGUCGUGAUGGGAGGCAGCGGGGUGUGGGAACUGGGCUCUGGUGUUGUGGUGCUGAGCCUCCGCCUUGCCUUGUGCCUCCCUGGCUCCUUGGGAGCCUUAACUGGCCUAUAAGUAGCAGCUGCAUGGAGACAAACCCAGAUUCAGGCCCAAUAGGGAACUCUAGUGUCCAGAAUCCAGGAAAGAUUGAGCUGCCUUGGGGUAGGGGUUUUGGGCCUUGUCUGCCAGGGUUCGUGUGGGGGCUCAGUGACUGGUCAGGAACACUGAAGAGGAGAUACAGGCUCCAAAUGGACCUGAAAAUUCAGCUAACUAAAAUUCUGUGCCCUCUCCCUUUUCAGCUCUUCCCCCAUACUUGAUGGGUUCUCUGGGUACUAGUUCUGUCACGUUCUCUCUUCUGAUCUGUGUCACAUCAUAGGCAUCCUUGAAGCCCAAGAGAGUGAAAACAGGAGCAGGACCACAGGUGUGGGCAGUCCUGGUCAGACAGUCUACCAGGUGACUAGUUAGGGCUGGUUGUGUUGUUAGCUGGCAGUGGGGAUUAUCUUACCCAGCCCUCAUCCCCCAUGAACACCUUAAUUUGGAGGGGAAAGGGUAUGUGUGCCUUUCAUUUUUGUGCUGAUCCAGAUUUUGCUUCUCUGGUGGUGGUCAGAUGACGUGGAAAUUUAGAACAGGGACCACUGCUUGGUGCUGUGCGAGGAGGGAGCCCACAGGGGUCGGGGCAGAAGCAAGACUUAGGACUUGUGGUUUCAAGGUGUGUUCCUCCCUCUCGGAAUUGCCAGUGUCCCAGCACUUACAGGUGGAGUCUGAACAGUCUUGUUCUGUGGCUUCCUUUGAGCACAGAAACCUCUCCCAUUUUUGCUUUAUUGGAACUAAGAGCCCAGCAUAAGUGUGAGCGUCACUGUCCCACCUCAUCGUUCACUGAAGCUGUUAAAUUGGAAACAAGGACGUCAGUGCUGUGUCAGUGUGAGCCUCUGCGGGUGCCACACUGUCCUCUCUGUUGGGGCCAGAGCCAGGGGCAGCACAGGCUGAGUAGCCCACGUGCACUCUCAGGGGAUGAGUGAAGCACCUCCCUGCAGCUCUGGAAGUGGCCACCAGGAAGGCCAAGCCGGAGUUCCAGGGUGAGGGCAGAGUGGGCUGUCCACACUCUGGAAGCUCUGGCGAGUCCUCUCCUUACCACCCUUUGGUUUUGCCCAAAUACCACCAUGCGGGGCCUUGUCUUUUCCUAGUAGUAUCCUCUGGCUGACCCUGUGUGUAACCCGUUGGGGUGGCCCGUGGCAGCCCAGCCUGCUGCCUUAAUGGCUGCAGAGUGGGGACCUGGAGAGGCCUCUGCAGGCCGCUGAGCCCUACAUAUAUCACUGGCUUCUUCACACCUCCUGGCUGCAAGGUAGGAUGCUCUCUCUGCCAGAAUGUGCCAAGAUCAUGGCAGUGGCCUGCCCCGAAGAGCCCACAGCCUUCUCUGAUUUCCCCCGGGCUCGCCUCCCUCCCAGGGGCAUGUUGGGUGUAUUUCCAGGAUAAAUUCUUAUUUAUGUUUAAGUGCCUAAGCAAGUUACAGACCUCUGGGACCUGCCAGAGAGUCAGCCUGUGCCCUGUCCUUCCCACCCUGCACCUGGCCCUCAGGGUGGGCAUCAGGUGGCUGCCCCUCCCUACUGCCCCUGCUGUUCUGCAGGCAGAACGACCACAAGGGUAAGCAACGGGGAGAGCUCUUCCUGGCCCGCAGGCUGGCUUCGUCACUGUUCCCCGUUUCUUUCGUCAGUGUGCUUAUGGUCUUGGUUCAUAGAGAAUUUUAGGGAGUCUGCUUAGCCAUCUCGCUGGCUACUGAGCAAUGGGGACCGGGGAGCAGGACAGUGUCAGAGCAGAAUCUGUCUGGUAGCAGUUGGAGGAUGCACCCAGAUCCAGGAGGGCAGAGGUGAAGCAAGCACAGCCUGAGCCUGGUGCCUCAUCCCUCCCCAAUCGCAGGGGCAGGGCGCCUGCUCACAAAGGCUGCUGGUAGGGUGUUGAGCAAGAUCCAGCGCACAGCUUUGGGAGUGAGUGUGAGAGUGUUUGCUUCUUUAGAGUGAUGUAAGUGUGACCUAGCUAUGGCCUUUAUUCCAGGUGCGUGUAGGACAGAUGUGUUGUGACUGUGCUCUGUUCAGAUCACAUUGCCAAGCAGCACACCGAGGACCUGUGGGUACAUGAAAAGGUUUUGCAAAACGGAACAAUCCAUACUCAGGCACUUUAUUUUCAUUAAUAACCCAGCAUUUUCGUUCAGACCAUGUAACAACCCGAACUCUGUGCAUUCACACACGGCGUGUGGGCAGGAGUUCUGCCAGGAGGAGAAGGGCAGGUGUCUGGGUUGUGUCACACUGGAGUGCCACCGAGCUGUGGUGCAGACCAGGCCUGUCUGGGAGUGAAGUCACACAGCUAGGGCAGCGGCACCGUCCUCCCUUAGGUCCUGCCCAGUGCUGGCAGUUGCAGUGUUGCUGAGCAGAGGUGGUGUGAGUGGGGGCGCAAGGAGAGGCAGGCAGCAGGGGACCUGGCCGCCCUUAACUGGAUCGAACACUCCAGUCAGAGCAGAGUGCUGAGGAGUGAGGUCAUUUCUAGACAAGUACGCUUGUUUUAGCAUCUGUUGUGGGCCGGGCACUGGCUGGCAUGGCAAGUUUUGUAAGAGGGACUGCAGAUGUGAUGCCUGUGGUCCAAUCAGGUGCCCCAGGCCAAAGGGGCCAUGAUUCCCAAAAGUAUUCUGCUGCCACCAGACUUCGGGUGUCAGAUGGGCCGUGUAGGAUCCUGCCAGAUGAGUGGGCAGCACAGCCCCUCCCUGCCUUGGCCAUUGUGUCUUAGUUUUUUGUGUUUCCCUUUGGAUCCCCCCAUCUCUGUCCCCAUCUUGUGCACCAUGUGUCCCUGAGGGCGAGUCACACCUGUGUCUGAGUCUGCUGUAUGGUGUUCAGUCUACCUCAAGGGUCAUCAUGGUAAGCUCUGUCCACACGAAUCCUCCUUACACGCCACACACUGGAAUGUAUAUCUCCCUGCCCUCCCGCCCUCCAUAGCCCCUGACCCCGUGUUUCCUGUAAUCACAACUCCUAGUGCAAAUUGGAUGCUGCUUUAAAUGUGAAAACAAUUGUUCAAAAGCUAUAAAACCUGAAUGAAAGCUAAAGCUGAAUUUAUAAGCCUUGUUGCAUAUGAGCCAAAAGUGCAAAAAGCUCUAUAUACUGAACUAACCUGCCACUCGUAUAAAUAUAAAUAUAUAUAAAUAUAUUAAAAUCAGACUGUUCUACAAAAUUGUGUAUUUGUAUUUUUGUGUACGUACAAUUUUCUGCUAAGCAGAAGGAGGAUGUAGUAUAGGAUGCUGUGAGAAAAGACUUGGUUUAAUCCUGUUUCUUUGUUACUUAUUUUUGUUAACAUCAGAUGCCUGUCCUUGUCUUCUGUGUUGACACUGUUUGGAAAGCUGCAGCAUCUCUUCCUUAGGGCCAGGGUCCACGAGAGGAUGAUGUCUGGGGCUUUUGAGCUGUUGCAGCCAACAGCCACCCAACAGGGAGUGUGGCUCAUGGAAGCCCCGGGUGGAACCCGGAGCCACUCAUGGACCUUUGGUGGCACGGAGGGGAGGGGAGGGGAGGGCUGACGCACUUCAGACCAGGCUUGGCAUUCUGACUUGCCUCUGGGAAGCAAAUCCCACUUCUAGAAACCAACUCCCCAACAGAAACGUCAGCUCCCCCUAACGGACUGCACUGGGCCCAUGGGGAGCCAGGCGGGAGAGCUCUGUCUUGGGAACAGGACCUCUGGUUUCUGGGCCAUCCAUCUGCCCAGGAAGCAGCACGUGGCUCUGCCUGGCUGGCGCCCAGCUCCCCUUCAGAGCAGUCGCUGCCCCACUUCACCACCAGACCUCCAGCCCACACCCUGGGGCAUCUCAGAGCCCACUCUGCCGGUGCUAAACACAAGAGGGGGUUAAAGUGGCCACCAGUAAAGACCAGAACCUGCCUCCAAAGGCCAGGCCGAAAGAUGAGCUCCGGGUGCCCACCGCUGCCCACCCACCUCAGCCCCCCAGUCCCUCGCUGGGAAGUGUCCCUAGGGAGAGCGAUGCUGCAUCUUCACCUGUAGGACUCAGUUCACGGCAGUGUGUGACUGUAGCAAGCAGCCCUUGUUUCUGGAUGUAAAUGGUCAAAGAAACAAGUGCUCUAUUGUAUUGAUUAAAAUAGUUCCAAUGAGUCCUGUUUCAUUGUAUCUCCUAUUCUGGAUUAGUGCCUUUUGGACAGUAGACUGUUCUGUAAUUAAAAUGUAGUAUAUACUGCUUUUUUGUACAGUUUUGUUUUAAUAAAACUUUUUUUUAAUUUGUGUUUAUUUUAGUAUUGUACCUAUUAGAGAAUAAAAUGUAUAACUGAACAAA